AGACUCGAAGAAAGGCUGUCGAAGAGGACGAGCGUCACAGUAAAGAUUUUUUUCCCUCUGCAUUGCACCAUGAAGACCUCCGCUCAAGAGGAAUGUGGCAUCUGGCUGGACACUGUGCAGCUGAAGGAAAAAACUAAAAAGAAGUCUCUCACACGGCCCAUUUCCAAGUUGCUCAAUCCCUUCAUUCAAGGUACUGGAUACAAUUUGUCUGUGGCGCUCAACUUCACUCAGACCAAACUCGAAAUGCCAAAGACCAAACAAAGCACUAUCUCCACCUUCUUCACCGCAAGGCCAAGAGUCCUCAAUAAAAUCCCCACCUCUGAAGAAGCAGACACGGAUCCACUGCAGCCUUUUCCAUCUUCUACAUCAACUUCAGUCACAGGUCUGCCGUCUGGGAGAAAACGAGGACGUGAAGAACUCACGGCUGAGGCUGACGUGGUUAAAGAUUGGGAACGUGAAAAUGUCACUGAGAGCGAAGCAACGCCGUGGCAGAGGCAUUCACCCACACGAAACAGGGAGGGCGAAUCUGAAGAUGGGAGGUUUGAGAGGUACGAGUCACCACAGAGUCAGGAGAGGCUUCCUGAUCCCUCAUCGUUCAGCGACAGUCAGCCUCUUCCUCAGGCGUGGAGUCAAGACCCCCUGCUCACCUUCAGUCAGUAUUCUGACAGUGACCAGCAAUUCACCGCAGAAGAUAACCUGAGCAGCCCUGGGGAAUCCCUCCCACACAGCCUGCAGAGCGAGGAGACUUUUAAAAAUGUGAUGAAUGGAGAGAGGAGAACGUCAACUCAGAAAACUCUGAAUCGCCGUCAUUCUCGGGACCAAGAAAACAGCUUACCACCAUCUAAGUUGACAAGUCAGCGCUCUUUUCUUUUGAAUAACUGGACAGAACCGAAACCUCCAUCGCAGCAGAAGCUUUUAGAAGAAAACUUUGACUCACAGACCGAGUGGCUAAAACAAAAGUCUCCUGUUAAAAAGCGAGCGCGGCGGUCACGAACCGCCGGAGACGAGGACGGCUUGGCGGCUCUGUUCACGCAGGACUCUCAAGGCUUCAGGGUGAUCGCACACAGAGGCCUACAAGCCAGGAGUCCUCUCAAAGACCAGAGUAACGUGAAAACGUACCGGCCUCCGGUGGUUGAGGAAGAGGAGGAGGAUCUUCUCUUUACUCAAGACUCUCAGGGGAAUCUAGUGAUCAAACACUAAAAAUGUUCUUGACAUUCUUGGGCCUUUUUAUGAGAGGUCCUAUUUAAUUGUGGAUUGUAUUUAUUUAUAAAUCCAAGAAGCAUUCCAACUUGUUUUUGUAGACAGUAUUUUGUGAAUAUCUUCAAACCGUAUCACCACUGUAGAUCUUUAGUACGUUGCUGCAGGUCUUAAUCUUCCUCUCUUCCUUGUGAGCUUCUUCAUGUUGCUUCAUGUUCAACCGACAUAAAACUCUCCAACAAGCAAGG